AUGAAUCGGGCGACGUCAUCGGCGUUACGCAACAUUUACCGAGUAGCCAAUAGGACGGCCGUGGACGGAGGGCUGACGUCAGGUGUUAGCUGGACAGGCGGAGUCCUCCGCACUGAGUACCUGUCCAAUGAUGUAAUGAUCAUUGCCACGUCACAGUGUCGAGGCACAUGCGGGAUAUGCGCAGAAGCUUCACAGUUCCACCACAGAUGUGAUGAGAGAAAUGCCCACCUGGCGGAACUGCUGUUGGAUCACAGUAAAGAUAUUGAUCAACUGUAUGGAGACAACAGUGAGUCUCUUAUUCAUCUGGCUAUCCGAGACGACGAUGAAGAAAUGGUGAAAGUGUUAAUUCACUUUGGGGCCAAUCUUAACAUAACGACCGCUAAAGGUUACACUCCUCUGGGCCUGGCUUUGACCGUUGAUCAGCCUAGAGGAACUGCAAUUGCAAAAAUACUGGUGAGAUCAGGAGCUUUACCUAAUAUGAAAACUAUCAUUUCGUUCUGUGACAAAACAAAGUAUACACCUUUACGUAUUGCCUGUUUUAAAAGGAAUUUGGACUUUGUGAAGUUCCUUGUGGAGGAGACAUUCACACAAAAUGAUGAAUUCUUUGGAGAUUACUGUGAAGAAACAUCAUCAGAAAUAGUACUUCCAUCUUCAAUCUGGAAUGAACGUGACAACAAGCAAUCCAUGCUAGUCAAAGAGAAAGACAACAGUAUGGCUUCCAAGUCAGGAAGGGAGGAAAGCUUAACUCAAAGAAUGAAGCAUUUGUUAAAUCAGGGCGCCGGGGAUGUAUCAACACCACUUUUCAUGGCUGCUAGUGGUGGAGACCUCCAUAUUGUGGAAUAUUUGAUUACAGCAGGCGCCGAUCCUCAUUUCGCCUGUUUGUCUGGCAACUUUUUGCAUGCUGCUGUUAAUAGUGAGUGCCUAGAUGUCAUCAAGAAAGGCUUUAAAUUGGGUUGUAAUGUCAACCACAGAAACGCUGUCGGUGACACUCCCCUUCACCUGGCGGGUCGACUUAAUCUUGCAGAAAUAUGUGAACUUCUGCUGACCGGUGGUGCUGAUUUGAAAGCUCUCAACAGGCGUGAUCUGACACAUGGGUCUGAUGUCAAUGCCGUCGACAUGAAUAAAACACCAUUCUACUUGUUUUUCGGAACCCACGAGGACACGAUCAGGUUCCUCCUUCUGGCCGGAGCACGCUUGACAACACAGAUGCUCACUGCAUCGCACUUUACCUCCCUUGUCACGAUUGACGAAGACCUGUCGUUAUGGAUGCAGGAACACAUCAGCCAGCCUCGGUCACUCCAGGCUCUCUGUGGUUUAAACAUCCGAAACCAGCUGAUUAAUGUCAGCAAUGGCAAGAGCAUCUUAUGGAGGACUGAGGCUCUGGAAAUCCCCAAACCACUCAAAGAUCUGGUGUUUCUUAGAAAAUGA